AUGGAGAGAUACACCUUGCCGCUUAACUCAACCUCUGUUCUUGCACAACUCCCCUUCAAUUACACAGUUGAUGCCAACGCCUCUUUCAAGCCUUUCAGUGUGUUUGAUGGCUGUGAUAUGUACAUCGAGGCAAUUCUGUUUGACCUUACCUUACAAAUUAUCAACGUAAUCGUGGGGAUUCCUGCCAACCUUCUUGUUAUUGCGAUUCUCAUCCACAAUCGCAAAGAACCGUCCACUUCGGACCUGUUCCUGGGCUGCCUGGCCUUCAUGGAUGCUUACUUUGGCUGCAUGACGCCCCUCAGCUUCUUAAAUCUUUUCCUCUUGCAAAGCAAAGAGUUGUGGUCAGCGAUUAAGUUUUCCUUCGGCGUGAAAGACACCAGUGGCCCGCUGUUUCUCUCUUGUAUCUGCUUGGAUCGAUUUGUGGCGGUGGUCUUUCCGAUCACGUUUGGGCAGCUGAAGUCCAUCAAGUACAGGUUAAGCCUCACCCUGCUGGUACUCUGCCUCACCUUUGCCUACUCUUCUGCCAAGAUGGUGGGCGGUCUCCCCAACUUCGAGAAGGUGUUCACUGGUGAGGUCCUGGCAGCUUUCGCCUGGAUGGUGGUGUGCAAUGCAAGCAUCUUAUGGGUCCUGAAGAAAUCCAGUGGCGUUGGGAAAGACGAAAUGCACCCGAUGAAGAAGAGGGCAUUCAAGAUGGUGCUCUCCAUCCUCUGUAUCAUUGUGUUCAACUAUUUGCCUCUUGUUGCACUGUUCCCGUUCGAAGACCAUUACACCCCUGAAGUGUUUCGUUGCUAUGUGCAGCCCACCGGCUUUGCUUUUCUCAACAUCAGCAGCACUAUCCAACCACUUGUCUACCUGUCCCGUCUGGAGAAGGUUCCUUUCCUCCCGGAAGCUUUUAUUAAGAAAUGUACUUCCUGCAUCAGCACAGGAAAAGACACAGAAGUCUCUGAACCAAAGCCAUCUGCUUAG